AUGGAUCCCAACACCAGCACCGAGCCCGAUAUGUCGCACCCUAUGGAUGCAGCUUGCGCUGAUCCCUCUAAUUCUCCGGUAAAAGGCAAGGAAGAACCGCUUCCAGAAGCAGAUCAUGUAGACGACGAAGGAAGCGGGGAAGAGGAUAUCGAAGAGGAUAUAGAAGAGAAGAAAGACAGCAGUGAAACCGACCAAGUUUGGGGAUUUGAUAGUUUCGAGGGUGAUGACUACGAGUCGCCUGACGAGUCUCCUGAGGAUGAUGAUGAAAGAGAGUACCGUAGAUACGUGCGCCAUUAUCACGAGACACGGGGUUUCAAGGUGGAUAAAGAAAUGAUCCCCAAAAAUCUUUUUCAAGGAUUACGUGGUCUCAAUCUCGAUCGCUACUUCAUCAAGCCUAACCUCACGGGGCGUGAGUACAUGGAGAUUAUGGUGAAGGUGGCUAUUGACAAAUACAACCAAACAGAGAAUAAGAUGCUGACUCUUGACCAUAUUGUGAGGGUGGUGGUGAGGAUGAGCACUGGCGUUAAAGCUUAUAUUACUUUCAUGGCUAAGGAGACUCCAGAUGGAGAGCUUGUAGAGUACCAAGCUAAGACUGAGCGGAAGGUCUGGCAGAAAGACAUUCAUGCCAUAUUUUGCAGACCAGCUUCUAAAGGUUAA